UCUCCCUACUUCCGGUGUGAAGGCGGGGGUGUGUUGCCUGUAGCAGCUCGCGCCCCACCCUCUGUUGUUGUUGUCAUUAUAACUGAACUGUCGCGUGCUGUGGCUCGUGCUGCGGCCGUUAACCUGCUCUCAUUAACGGAGCCGCCGCCCGGGAGCUGGCUCGCUCUCCGCGCGCAUGCAGCAGAAUGGCUCGAGCGGUCCUAACGGUUCUAACGGUUCUAACGGCUCUGGUUCCGACCGGCAGCAGCAGCACCAGGCGGCUCGGUCCUUCAGCCCGCUGCUGUCCGGCGGCGGCGGCGCCUCGACGCGGGUCCGCCGGUUCAUCCAGGAGCGGAGGACGCUGCCGCUGCCGCUGCCCAGAGUGAUGGUGGUGUUCUCGGCCGCGGGAGAACCAGACAAACCGGGCGAUGCCAUGUUGUCCGUGCCCGGCUGCGGCUCCGGCUCCGGCUCCGGCUCGGACUGCGCGGCCGCGGAGGACUUCAGGAAACCGGCCUCCACUACACCCAGCUACACCCUCACCAAGCCGCUCCGCUCCUCCAUCAACACCCAGGAGCAGGAGUUUCCAGAGGUCAUCUCUCUGAACGUUGGGGGCACGUACUUCACCACCCGCCUGUCCACACUGCGGCGAUACGAGGACACCAUGCUGGCCGCCAUGUUCAGCGGGCGUCACUACAUCCCACGUGAUGCGGAGGGACGCUACUUCAUCGAUCGGGAUGGAACACAUUUUGGGGACAUCCUGAACUUCCUGCGAGAAGGAGAGCUCCCUCACAGGGACCGGGUGCGAGCGGUGCACAGAGAGGCUCAGUACUACGCCCUCGGCCCGCUGCUGGACAGCCUGGAGGACACUCAGCCGCUCACCGGGGAGAAAGUUCGGCAAGCUUUCCUCGAUCUGAUGCCCUACUACAGAGACAAUCUGGAGCGUAUUGUGGAGAUCGCCAAACUGAGAGCCAUGCAGAAGAAGGCGCGGUUCGCCAAGUUGAAGAUCUGCGUCUACAAGGAGGAGAUGCCGAUCACGCCGUACGAGCGUCCCCUUUUUAACUCUCUGCGUUUCGAGCGUUCGGACAGCGAGUCCAAGCUCUUCGAGCACCACUGCGAGGUGGACGUUUCCUUCGGACCCUGGGAGGCGGUGGCGGACGUUUACGACCUGCUGCACUGCAUCGUCAGCGACCUGGCCGAGCGCGGCAUCACCGCCGAGCAGCAGUGCAUCGGCGUCUGCGACAAGCACCUUAUCAACCACUACUACUGCAAGAGGCCCAUCUACGAGUUCAAGAUCACGUGGUGGUGAAGCUGGAGGGAGACGGGGAGUCGGGGCUGAUGGGACCAAAAAGCAAAAGGAUGGAUGUUCCCUUUUUACUACAACUCGGCCGAUAUUGGUUUUUAUAUUGAAGUCGCCAAUAUUUUGGGCUGAUGUCUUAAAAUGUGACCCUUUAAAUCAUGCUUCAACAUAUUCUGUUACCCCUAAAUAUUUUUAUCUUCUUUCUUUUCAAACUGAAAAAUUACAAAUUACAUUUAGUUUCCAGUUUAUUAGGUACACCUGGCUAAAACUAACACUGUUUAAUACAAAAAUCCUGCAAUAAAUCUAAAAUUGAAGGAGGAUUUAUUGCAGGAUUUCUUUGUAUUAGACUGCACUAGUUUUAUCUAACUGAUAAACCGAGUGUGAAUACCAAAGUACUACUACUACUUUAAAGAGUAACCCCUUGAAAACCCAGUUUUUGCUCACCUCCAGUGGUUUAACGUCUCACCUUGAAGCAGUGAUAUACAGGUGUACUCCAGGACCUCGUGACAUCACUGUCGGUUGUGGUUACAAGUGCAUCAAAAACAACCAACAGUUAUGAAAAAGAGGUGAAACAGGUUUCAAACUUUCAACCAGAGAGUUCAGUUACUAUUUAAAGGUCUAUUCUUAAAGGAAUAGUUCACCUAAAAACAAUAUAAAUUGUAUAUAGUACUCACCUCUCGAGGCUCUCUGUGGUCCCAGAAAUAGUUUUCUAUCGAAUGGCGUUAAGGAGACCGAAUGAAAGACGGCGAAAAAUGUUAUAAUACGUCUGAAAAACGUUCUGAAAAUUCCUGUGCAGCAUUAUCCAAGUGUCUUGUAUCCAUUCGAGGGCUCAUGGAAAUCCAAACGCAACGAAUUUCCUUAACGCCAUUCGAUAUAUACAACUUUUUCUGGGGGACCAAAUAGAGCCGACGGAGGUAAGUACUGUAUACAAUGUAUGCUGUUUGGGGGUGAACUAUCCCUUUAAGUUACUAUUUAAAGGUCUAUCCUUAAAUUAUGAUAUUUUAGGGUGAGUUUCAGACGGGUUGUGGUCGCGCUCAGAGUCCAGCACAGUCACUGUAGUUACAUGCAAGUUUCAAUUUUAAUAAAUAUUUUCGCCGAACAGCAGCCACUGUGGCCAUAAAUGACAAAAAAAGGGAUAAUUGUAAAUGCUUAAAUGUAGUAUAACAAGUUAUGAAGUUAGUAAAUUGACUUAGUAAUUAGUGCAUAUUUAGGUUACGCACACAACUUUUAAUUUCUAAGAGAAAGGACGUGACAUUUCUUCUUUCAAAUGCUACAUAGUCUUGCUUUAAGGUGCGUAACCUCGACCCUAAAAAGUGUCUUUUUUAGGCUUCAAAUCAAAAUGUUCUAUUUCUAACUUGCAUGUGUGAAACUACAGAGACUGUUAGUUGGAGUUCUGUGGCUGACGAAGGACUGAAGCUGCAAAAAUGUGCAAAAAAUCGAAAGUCUGAGAUGAUUGUUGCAUCAGAAGUGGGUUUCAUGACUGUAUCAUUUAAAAGUCAAUUAAUUUAUUAUAUUUAUAAUUUCCCCCAUUAACGUUUUCCUAGCUUUGCCCCUAACCUGGGUUGGUACAGUAUGUGAUUGUGGGUCCAGAACCGUCUCGCCACAUUUCCAGAACAAAGAAAUGCCCUUGUAGUAAAUAUUGAAAUAUUGUAAAGUAGGUAAAGUCUGAAGUCAGAUCUGUAUUUUUUAGGACUAAGUUUUGUUUCAGGAUGCAGAUGAACUGUGAGCCUGUUCCUUUUUUUGGAUAAAACAGAGUCUAUUUUAAUUAUGCAACCUCCUGAGGAGCGUGUUUUUAAAGAUGUGAGAAAGGUCCGGGUGGUUUCCGUUUUGUCGGUUCUUCACAUUUUACUCGAAGAUAGCUGAAGUUGUUGCACACUAAUGCAGAAUGAGCAGAUGAAACAGUUUACACAUUCAUCCAUUGUUUCUUAGUUAGAAAAUGUAUAUUUAUUAUAGUCACUUUCACAGAGAGAAUUAUUAUUUAAUGUCAUCUUCCAUUCCACGUUUUCCAACAUUAUGAAAUUCACCGAGUCAGAGCUAAGUUAAAUGUUAUUUUUCCUACUGUACUUGAUAAAGAAGUUGAAGCACUUUGUGAUUGUUACCAAUAUAUCAUUUUAUUUUACCUCAAGUGAAGGAUAGAAAGCAACCGUUCAUUUAUAACACUUGUUUUGUUGUUGUACUUUUAACAGAUAAAUGCAGGAGACAUGCAACAAUGCUAAUCUUUGUUUACACUAUGUUUAUGUUUGCAAUAUUGUUAUUUAUCUAUUUCUGUUAGCUUCUAGGAAGCUGUAGUUCUACAGUAUUAUUUGUUUGCAGUGAAAAAGAAAUGUCAUUUUUUAUUAUUUAUGGUAAGUAAAAACUGUUAAAUGCUU